AUGUCGUUAUCAAUAAAUAAGAUUUCAUUGGAAUUGCCAUGGGUGGAAAAAUAUAGGCCAAAAGUUUUAAAAGAUAUCGUUGGUAAUAAUGAGACUAUUGAUAGAUUACAACAAAUCGCAUUAGAUGGUAAUAUGCCUCAUAUGAUUAUAUCGGGUAUGCCAGGGAUUGGUAAGACUACAUCUAUUCAUUGUUUGGCUCAUGAAUUACUUGGAGAUUCUUAUAAGCAAGCUGUAUUAGAAUUAAAUGCUUCUGAUGACAGAGGUAUUGAAGUUGUUCGUAAUCAAAUCAAACAUUUUGCACAAAAGAAAUGCCAUUUACCACCUGGUAAAAAUAAAAUUAUUAUAUUAGAUGAAGCUGAUUCAAUGACUUCAGGUGCACAACAAGCUUUAAGAAGAACCAUGGAAUUGUAUUCGAACACAACUAGAUUCGCGUUUGCAUGUAACCAAUCGAACAAAAUUAUUGAGCCUUUACAAAGUAGAUGUGCUAUUCUACGUUAUAAUAAAUUAUCAGAUGAGGAAGUAUUAAAAAGACUAUUACAGAUCAUCGAAUUAGAAAAUGUCCAAUAUACAAACGAUGGUCUUGAGGCAAUUAUCUUUACAGCAGAAGGUGAUAUGAGACAAGCUAUUAAUAAUUUGCAAAGUACUGUUGCAGGACACACACUGGUAAAUGGUGAUAAUGUCUUCAAGAUCGUAGAUUCUCCACAUCCCUUAAUAGUUAAAAAAAUGUUACUAUCUAAGGAGUUAGACGAAUCGAUUGAUAUUUUAAGAAACGAAUUAUGGGAUAAAGGGUAUUCUUCAAUAGAUAUUGUCACAACUUGUUUCCGUGUAAUGAAAAUAUUAUAUCAAAUUAAAGAAUCGUUAAGAUUAGAAAUUAUUAAAGAGAUUGGGUUCACCCAUAUGCGUAUAUUAGAAGGUGUUGGUACUUAUUUACAAUUGGCUUGCAUGCUUGCAAAAAUUCAUAAACUAAUGAAAUAA